AAGGAGAGGGAACGUAAUUUGCUCGAGCCUCCAGUAUACGCAUCAUGGAUGAAAUUACCCUAAUUUUACACUCAUUUGUCUUUUUGCAGGUGUAACAGAAAACCGCAGUGGGCUCCUCGGUUCGGGUAGCAUUGAAAUAACAUGCAUUUUGACUGGAUAGUCAGGAAGCCGUCGUCUCUGCUCUGCGCCGUGGCGUGAUUCGUUUCCAAGAUCAUGAGCUUUCGCUCCUUACCAGUUUUAACAUCUUAAAGAUCUUUUGUUUAAUUUUUUUUCCCCACGGUUCGUCCUUGGUCACGAUGAACUCCUCCAACCUCUUCGGAACACCUCAGGCUCAGGCUCAGGCUCAGGCUGGAGCCUUUCAGGCUCCCGCCGGCCAAGGCCGAGGCUUUUCCUGCUUUGGCCAGCCGCCGGCCUCCGGAGCUUCCUUCUCGGCCUUCAGCCCGCCCUCCUCGUUCGGCCAGGCCCCGGCGUUCGAGCAGCGCCCUGCUGGACCGGGUCACGGGCCUCUCUUCGGUCAGCCCGGUGGCACGAGCUCGGCCCUGUCCUCCGCCUUCGCUCUGUCCUCGGGUCUGAGCAGCCAGGCUCCCGCCUUCGGGCAGCCGCCUCUGGGGCAGCUCGGCACCCCCGGCGGGUUCGGCGCUCCGCUGUCCGGGCCGCCGCAGAGCGCCGCGUUCGGGCAGUUUGAACAGACCCGGCCGACACCGGGAUUCGGCGUGUCCCCUGGCAUUUCCCAGGCUGUCUCGGCUAUGACCGCUCUCCCGGUCUCCUCCGGCAGGCCUCUGGGCAUCAGCCAGUUCUCGGCGCCCACCACUUCUGUGCAGAACCGCGGCUUCGGCCCCUCCGGGUUCACUUUCAAGUCUUCGGACACCGCCCUGUUUAAACCCAUCUUCAGCGUGAGCUCCAAGCCCUCUGGCAGCCGGGUGGGAACAGGAUCCGAGCCCUCGAGCUCAGCCCAGCCUGCUGCCCCCAGCAUGGGUGGCGCUGUGUCCAGCGCUGCGUUUUUGCCUCGCACUGGUGCUGCUGGAUCUCUGAGAUUCAGCUUCUCUCCGCCCGCAGCGGCUCCAUCGAUUUCAGCCCAGAGUGGCAGUGGGCUUCCUAGCAAGGACGUGCUGCCAGCUGCCAACUUGCAGUUCACCGUCUCCCAGGCAACCGCUGUGCCCAGCAGCCCCUCUUUGUUCAGCUUCGCUCCAAGCACUCUCCAGCCUUUGGCGCAGACUACCAUGCCUUUGUUUAGAGUCUUUUCUCAGGCUUCAGCCUUCAGUGACCUGAAAGCCAAGACAGAGGCCUCACCAGGGAGCGGUGAUAAGGCGGCUACCGGUGAGGGUUUGGGGGAGGCGCUGUUCGGGAGCCUCGGCAAAGGAACCAAACGGAAAGAAGAGACGGCGGAACAGGCGACUGGCGAAGGACAGGCGGCAGAGGAGAGUUUGCAGGCUGGGCUGGGAGCCCCUCGACACCCCAGCAAGCGACCGCUGAUCAAGUCCCGCGGACCUACCAGCGGCCUUUUCCGCAACGCUCUGAGCAGCGUCAUCAGGUCGUCCCUUCAGUCUGCCAAGCGCGACUCCCGGAAGGUGGAGGAGCAGCAGUCGGAAUGGGCAGAACACGAGAAGCUUGACGUGAUGCCCCAGACCUCAGCUCUGCCCACAAGUCACACUUCAGCCACUCCCCCCAGAUCACAGGCCCCCACCAGGGAAGUCAUUGAGAGGGCAGAGGAGACAGUGGACCCUGAACCUGAGGCUAAGACACCCGCAAAAUGCACCCAGCGGGGGGAGAGCACAGACAGCCUGGCAGGGCUGUCUCCUUCCGAUGCCACGGCUAUCCAGUGCAAGAACGUCCCGACCAACCUGAACAGGAAGGAAAUUAUGAGGACGCACUUCAGCCGCUUUGGAAGAGUUCUCCGAGUCUUCUGCAGGCCUCAGAAGAACCUGGCGAUCAUUCACUUCCAGGACCAUGCAUCAGCUACUCGAGCAAAGAAGAGGGGGAAGUUGCUCCACAGGCAGGAACUUGCCAUAUUCUGGCAUAGGAAGAAACCAAGACCAGAGAAGAAGGAUGAGAAACCUUCAGCAGAGCAGGACCCUGUACCUGAGGCAGGGGACUCCACCCUGGCAGACUUCCACUCCUCUCCGCUUCGCAAACCCCUUUCCAGACCCUCAGCUCCCAGCAACUCCGGCUCCUUGACCAAAGGAUCUCCAGUGAAAAAGCCUCAGAUCGCUAAAUCACUGCAGUUUGAAAGCGAGCCACAGAAUGACCCCAGCCCAGAGCUCCAUGGGUCGGACCGGCCGGCCGGCACAGUCCCCCUCCCCUCCUCCCUGCUGCACCUUGUAGGUCAGGUGGCGGAGACAUCCGAGGACAAGUACCGCCUCCUAGAGCAGAGGGACAAGAUCCUGCGACAAGGCCGACCCAGGAGAACAGAGCUGGACCUGUCCAAGGUGUUUGUGGGCACAUGUCCUGACAUGUGUCCUGAGAAGGAACGCUACAUGAGGGAGACCCGCAACCAGCUGAGCUCCUUCGAGGUCAUCCCAGACACAGAGAAGGUGGACCAUGCCACCGCCAUCAAGGAAUACAGCAGGUCAUCGGCUGACCAGGAGGAGCCGUUACCCCACGAUCUGCGCCCCCUCCCGGUGCUUUCCAUGACCAUGGACUACCUGGUCACUCGGAUCAUGGACCAGGGCGAUGAUAACCUCCGGGACUGGUAUGACUUUGUGUGGAACCGGACUCGAGGCAUCCGCAAGGACAUCACGCAGCAGCAUCUGUGUGACCCGCUGACUGUGUCACUCAUCGAGAAGUGCGCACGCUUCCACAUCCACUGCGCUCACCACCUGUGCCAAGAGCCCAUGAUGUCCUUCGACGCCAAGAUCAACAACGAGAACUUGACUAAGUGCCUUCAGAGCUUGAAGGAGAUGUACCAGGACCUGGCCACCCGGGGGGUCUACUGCAUCCACGAGGCCGAGUUCCGCGGGUACAGCGUGCUGCUCAAGCUCAACGAUGGUGACAUCCUGCGGGAGGUACAGCAGUUCCGCGCUGAGGUGCGAAACUCCCCGGAGGUGAACUUUGCAGUGCAGGCCUUUGCAGCCCUCAACAACAACAACUUUGUCCGCUUCUUCAAAUUGGUGAAAGCAGCGUCCUAUCUCUCCAGCUGCAUCCUGCACCGCUACUUCAACCAGGUGAGGAGCCUGGCCUUGAGGAACCUGAACACGGCCUACACCGUGGGCUCUCGUGGGUCCACCAACUUCCCUCUCGAUGACCUGGUGAGGAUGCUUAUGUUCCGCAACACAGCCGAGGCAGCAGACUUUGUUCAGCAGUACGGGCUCUCCGUGGAAUCAGGGAUGGUGGAGCUCACGAGAACAGCUUUCCAGGAUCCUGAACUCCCACUCCCCCCCAAGAGGUCGAUGGCCAUCAUGAAUAAGAGGACAGUGCUGGUUGGCGAGGUGGUCAAUGGGGGUUCGCUACCCAGCCCUCCGCAGCACACCCCUUUCUGCAGCUUCGAUUCACGACACAAGUAUCGUGGCGAAGGGCCACUCCUGGAUCAUCCCAGGCCAGCCAUGGCUCCUCCUCAGAAACAGGAGGCGAAGCCUCAGCCGGAGAUACGUCCACUGAUGGAGCUGGAUGUGAGGCCCCCCAUUAGGCUGAAGCCACUGAUGGAACAUGCCCCUUUUGCUGAGCCCCAAACCCUUGUGGAGCCAGACAAGAUCCUCAGAUCACUGGUGCCUGUGGAACCCAGCAAAGCUGGCCUUCCAUGUGAGGACCAACCAUUGUUCCCACCGUCAGGGCAGUCCCAGCCCCAGCUCACCCAAGUUCUAUCUCCCCCCCCACCCAAACCUGAGCCUGUCUACAGCGACCAGGAUCUUGCUACAGAAGUAGAGUCUGUGGUCGAUGAGGUGGUCGAGGCAGAGUGUGCUGAGUUGGCAGCAACCGCUGCCAGUUACAUUUCCGCUGCUCUCAGUGAAUGCAAUGGCCAGGUAGAGGCGGUGGUGAGCGAGGUGUUGGGGCAGAUGCUGCGAGAGGUGUCAACAGUUGAGAUCCAAGCCGAGAAGGAGAGGGUCGCGGAGGAAAAGCGCAGGAUCGAAGAGGCAAGGCGAAAGCAGGAGCACGAGGCUUUCCUGACAGAUUUCAGCAAGUCGCUCUGCUCUGAGAUUGCUCAAGAGGUCUUGCAGGAAUGCAUUGCUGCGACAGCUGCUGCGGAGAUCAGGUAUGCUCAGGAGGAGAAGGCAGCGUGUGUGGCCCGUAGCUCGGAGGAGGUGUGUCGCGCCCUGCUGGAGGAGACUCUGCGAUGUGAGCUCGCCACCAUGGCCCAAGAGAUCUUGGAUGCAGAGCUGCGACGGAUCCACAAAUUUCUGAGGAGGUGGCGCGACGUGGUGGCUGUGCGCCGGCAGCUGAAGCGCCAGAUGAGAGGCUUCCCUGCUGCCCCCUGCUGUGUGGACCCCCACUUCAAGCUGCAGGCCCUGGCACCUAGUGCCCCCUCCACGCCCUGUCUGGAGCUGCUAGCCCGCGGCAUAGUCAGCCUGGGACACGGGGGGAAUGUCACUCUCUCCUGUACCAGGUCCUUGAAGAUGAGGCAGGAAGCUCUGCGGCAGAUGAAAGUGCACUACUACUUUGAGCAGCUACUCAAUGAGUCUGUGUGGAUGCCUCUGGACUUAGCCACGCUGGUUGCGGAAAGUGUCCCGAGGCCAGUCGACAAGAUCUUCUGGAAGGCUGCGCUUCUGUUGCCGAGCGACCACGAGAGCGACUCCAGUACGGCCAACAGGAUUUUGACUGACUGGCUGGAGUCCAAGUUCCGCUGUGGCAAGGAGCCAGAUGAUGUGGACACGGGACCCAAGGGUCACAUGCAGACCCUGUCCUUGAGCCGAGGACUGCACAGCUCUGGGGACACAGCUCACCAAGUCCAUGUGUGCAUUAAGGUGGCACGUGGACCCCUUAGUGAGGACGGGCAGGCGGCGCUGGAGAAGCAGAAGGACCUGAUGGGGACCAGUGCCCUACUGAUGCUGCUGCCCGCCAUGCCCACGACCGAGGGGAAGGACGAGGAAUACGAAGGGGUAGACGUGUUCCUGCUCUCAGCCCUGCUUCAGCUCAAACAGGUCCAGCAGGCCAAUGCCUGGCCUCAGCCGCUCCCCCUGGCCUUGGUUGUGCCCGGACAGGCCGGCCAGCGGAUCAGCGACCGCAGGCUGGAGGAAGAUCUGAUGCUGAAGUCAUUGGUGGAAGACGGGUUAAUUUCAGAAUAUGUGUUCGUUCAUAUCCCUGAGACCACAAAUGACCUCCAGGGCUCUAAACAGGUGAGCCAGGUCGUCAAGUGGCUGGCCUCCCGCUCUCCAGCUCCAGUCCAGCUCAGCUCUCAGACGCUGGUCCAGUUCGUGGAGAUGGGGCUGUGCCAGGAGUUCACCAACAGACUCCACCAUGACCAGCAGGAGCGUAAGAGGGCGGGGCUGCUACCCCAGGAGCCCAUGCCCAUCAUCCAGCUAUAUAAUGCCACGCUGGACUUCCUGGCUGGCCUCAUCUCGUCCCCAGAGCUUUCCGCCCUCUCGUGGCCUGUGGCUGAGUUCACUUCACCUGGGGGCUGUGACCUGCUCCCCCACCUCGACUGGAAUUCACUGGAGCACCUGGAGUGGCUGCGGAGGACGGUGCUGAGCCUGCACCUCCCAGACUGGGACCUGCCCCCUCCAUCAGCCUCCUGGACCUGCCUGGUUGCCUCCAUUUUUCAGUACGCAUCCCAGGUGCCCUCUUCUCGCCACAGCCAGCCCCUCCUCAUGUCCCGGCUGGAAAACCUUCUGGAAAAGGUGCAGUCAUGGAGAGGCCAGCAGCGUUCCCCAGGCCUCCGGGAUGAUGAGAUGGCACCCUCCUUCCGCCAGGUACCCUGGGAUGAGAUUGUGACCCUCUGCAUAGACCACCGGCUGAAAGACUGGAAGCCAUCAGAACACCUGGCAAGCAAAGAUGCCAUCUGUGAAGAUGGUGAGAUCAUGGUCUACUUUCCAAAGGAUGGCCUUCGAGGCUUCUUACCACCACCCUGCUGGUUGGAGGCAGAGAGACAGACACACAGGGAUAAACAGCAGAAAGCUCAAUGUAACAGCAUCCUGGAGCCACAUGUGACCCCACCACUGACUCACCUACGGAAGAAGCUGUUCCACAGCCUGGAGGAAAAGUCCGAGUUGUCACCCCCCCGGGCUGCCUUUGAUGUCACCUUCUGUGGCACCCCCAUAGAGCAGCUGCCGCACAGAGUCCUGGCCUCCAUUGAGCAAGAGAGAGCUCAGAGUCGGAGGUUUGAAGAACAGCUGCAGCGCUGGCUCAAGAUGGAUCCUCUGGACUCUUUCACCAUGCCUCUCUUUGUUCCCUCUACGUUGCUCUCCGUGCCUGAGAUCAUGGUGGCAUCUCCGAAAACGGCCCCAACCUCUCUGGCCAGGCCUGUCUGGGAGGAGAAGGAGCCCGGUGACCAUGGCGACAGCGUGAAGCCCGAUUGGCCCAAAGGCGUCCCAGUUUCCAUUGCGCAGCGUCUGCGGGUGCUGGAGCAGCUGAUCUCUGCGAGCCGGGAGGAGGAGGUGGCCUGUGGACUGAAGCUCAGCAGCCUGCUGGACAUUGUGGAGGACUGAGUGUGCUGUGUGAGGCUGACUGUGUCCACGGUCAAACCCCUGUCCUCAGCGGUUUGCGAUUGUUUCUGGUUCACUUUGCCUGAUGUGAAAGCGGAGUAAGAAGGACAAAGUGUACACUUGUUGAAGUUUUCUGAUGUUGGCGCUGUUGAGUGUUAUUGAAUAAUGGGAAAUUGCAUACAGUGUUACUCAAUAUUUUAGAUUUCAGCUAAUUUGAAAUAAUGUUAUUAUUCAUGUGAUAGAAAGAUUUUGCUUUUUGCUUAUCACUGAAAUUUAGCAAUUUGUGUUUGCCACUAAAAAGAUAAGGGGCUGAUUAAAAUUUAAUGACUCCAAAUGUUACUUGAAAUAAAGUCUAAUAAAUGGGAUGUUUUGUGAUGAUAAAACACUAAUUUUGGAAGCUUUUUUUGUAACACCUCCUUCCUGGGGAGGGGGGAACAGUAUCUCACCUUCAUAGCCAUGUAUCAAUGCUUUGUCUUUCAUCAGCACAGUGGCACUGAUGCCUCACAGCUCUAGGCAGCAGGUUCAAACAUGGGUUAUACAUCUGGCUCGGUCUGCGUGCCGUUUGCAUGUUGUUCCCGUUUUCACGUUUCCUCCCGGUGUUCCUGUUUCCUCCCACAGUCCAAAGAUGUGUUUCACUGAAACUGGUCACUCUAAAUUUCCUUUGGAGUGUUUGUGUGUGGCUACUUUGCAUUGUGUACCCUUACAAAAUGCCCCCCGUGCUACAGCGACAGGCUGUGGACCGCAAGGACAUGGAAAGAGAUGAGCAGUUAGCGAUGAUGGAUGCUUGGAAAGGGUCUUACUGCAGGGGGCAGCAGUGAGCUAUUUUCGUACUCUGUUCUGUUUACUUUGAAUGAAUUUCCCACAUGUUGGUUGAUUGGCAUCAGAUGUAAUUACUUGAGACAUGUUGCUGUGAUUCUUUUUCACACUGAUGAUAUAUUUUUAUCUGUUUAUGGGCUGCAGGAGAGCUCACCAUGCAACUGCUCCAAAGGCAAGGGAAGCUGAGAGAAAGUGGUGCAGCUGGACCCAGGAUCGGGUCUGUCGGAUGUUAACCCUCAGAUCAAGUUGUGCUUCACCAAAGGA